AUGACGACGGAUAAGACUGCUAAGCGACGGGGUCCAGCCUCGCAAAUGCCGAGUGGGUGCUCGGCCACCGGCGCAUUUUCGGUUCUCCCACUUGGCUUUUGGUGGGUCCGACUCACAUGUACAGAGAAGCCACAAAGAAAAGAGUGCGAAGGACCCAAUUAUAAAUGGAAUCUUUUGUUCGGGUCGGGUGCCAAACAACAGGCAGCAAUCAUCUACGGCUACAUGGAGGUGAUGGCUCGGAACGGGUGGGUCCCGACGCUGGAGCCCGUUGGCUACCGGGAACCUACAAAGGAUAAGGUGGUAACCAAGCAGAGACCACAGACGUUGGAUGCACUUUUUGCAGAUAUGAAGCAGCAGAGGAUGAGGUUGAUGACCCAGCAAGCAUAUCGUGGUAAUGGCCAUCAACCUGCACAAAAGCGAAAUGGCCUGCACCAACAUCGUGGCAGAGGCAGAUCACCAAGUGGCUUCACGCAACAGUGUGGCAACUUCACUGGUUAGACAGUGUGUAAGGAGGAUCCAUCCUGUUCUAUCUCCAACUUCACUUGUCUUUUCUAAUGCAUCGAAGCAACCGAGCAAGAAGUAUCACUAAGAGGUUCUUCCGUCUUCACAAACCUUCCUCGUACCUUCGGUUGGCUAUCUGCAAGAGCCUCCCUGCGAGCAUACUGCAAAACACCAGACUUGCAUCACUUUGCAGAACUUGCGGUCUGGUUGAAAAAUGCAAGUUAAAAUUAGCACAAGGAUGGAACAAACAUGGACUUUUGCUUUAUCAGCAGCAACAGAGGUUCAGAAGUUUUAUGGAUCAGUCACUGUUCUUAAGACUUUGUUUCCAUAAGAAAGAAACUAUGCGGGGAACACAAGGAGAAAGAAAAGAAAUCAGGAACUUCUCAAUGGAAGAACAUUGGCUGUUGUCUUCCCUGUCCUCGUGCUUUUCUUGCCAAGAUUCUGCCAUAAAAGCUCAAUAAUUGGAGAAGUUCCCGAAGAAUCUUAAUCAUUUCCACUAAGUGCUUAAGCUGGAAGAAGUGAUGGCCAAGACAAGAAGAGAAUGGCUUGAAGAACUUCAACUACCGUAAGAAAAGGAAGAGAAAAAGGCAGAUUUAAUACACUGGAAAGCAGAUCAUGAAGGAAAAGGUAGACAUAUGCUGUCUUCCAAUUGGACCAAAGGAUCCAGAUUCUUCCUCUGACGUGGCUGAGUGAGGCCGAUGGCUUCAUCUGUUUCCCGCCUGAUGACCUGAAAAAGAUGGUAUCCAAAAAUGGUGGGGACGAGGUUGGUCAAUGGCAAAAAGGAUAUGAACUCGAAGCAGGGAAAGGAGAGGAGAAUAGGAGUGGGAAUCUAACAGAUCAAUCCACUUGUAAGAGAGUUGUGAAGAGUGUGAGUUGCAAUGGGAUUGGAAGCUUAACAAAGGACAACACCUCCAAAACCCAAACAUGAAUGAAUAGUUGGGAGGUGUGUGGGUUGUGAUGAGGUUGACAGCCUUCCCUGCCAUUACUUUGUUCCUCUUUUUCUUCUGCCUGUUGAUGCGUAUCCACCAUUGAUGGCACCAACUCAGGUUAUGUUCUUCUCGGAAGUGCUUCCUUGAUGAGCUCGAGGCUGUCAGCAAAGUCAUCCAAGAGCUGGUGAGGGUCAGGUAUGGCCAAUUCAUCCACUGCCAGAACUACUUUCAUGGUGUUCAUGUAACUCAUAAGAGUAACUGUGAGUGCCUGCCGAAAUGUUUCUAAUGGUGAAGAUGUCUACAUUGUGGAUAAGUUACCUGAUCAAAAUUAUAUAGCAUGUAAAAGUAAUGCAACGACUGCCUGUAAAAACAGAUGCAGUUUGCAUGAAAUGAGAAUUGAAAGAGAGCUAAAAACUAUUUAUGUGGGGGCAGAUAGAAAGAGAGCUAAAGAAUUAUCACAUUGAUGAGAAUUGAAAGAGUCGGAUUAACAAGGUUAAGUUUGAUUCAUAACUUAAAGUUUUUAGAUUGGCUUGAUAUCCAAUCUAAUGAUGUAGAUUAGCAGCCUUGACCAAAAUUAUAAAUUUUGGGAGUCCUAUCAAAUUAGAAACAUUAUGAAUAAAAAUAAAGAGAUUAUGCCUUCUUUA